AUUUGGAUACAAGAGGGUUGGAUAGAUUUUUAAUAGCUGUUGUAUUAUCUAAAUAUAUAGAGAGAAAAGAAUUGAAAGGUAUAGCAAGUAGUAAGGGGAUAAUUGCAAGUAAUUUAAUACGUAAAGAGUCAGAAGAUGGGAGAAUAGCAGCGUUAUAUUUAAUUGAUAUAUUAUUGCUACAGAUCUAG